UAUAUAAAGCAGCCGAGGGCUCUUAUGUCACCGCGCUAAUUAAAUUCCGUCGGGCCGCUUCUCUCGCGCGCGCUCUCUGCGGCUGCCUUUGGGAGCCCCUCACCCACCUCCGGGAGGCACAGAGGCGACGCGCGAGCCCACGAUGAUGGACCUUUUCGAAUCCGGCUCCUACUUCUUCUACCUGGACGGCGAGAAUGGAGCCCUGCAGACGCUGGACAUGGCCGAGGGAUCGCCGCUCUACCCGGGCAGCGACAGCACGCUGUCGCCCUCUUCGUGCCAGGACCAACUAGCCCCGGAGCCCGGCGGCGGCGGCGGCGGCGGCGAUAGCAGCGGCGAGGAGCAGCACGUGCUAGCGCCGCCGGGCCUCCAGCCGCUACACUGCCCAGGCCAGUGCCUCAUAUGGGCCUGCAAGACGUGCAAGAAGAAAGCGGCGCCCACUGACCGGCGCAAGGCGGCCACGCUGCGCGAGAGGAGGCGCCUCAAGAAGAUCAACGAGGCCUUCGAGGCCCUCAAGAGGCGGACCGUGGCCAACCCCAACCAGAGGCUGCCCAAGGUGGAGAUCCUGCGCAGCGCCAUCAGCUACAUCGAGAGGCUUCAGGAGCUGCUCCAGCGCCUCGACCAGCAGGACAAAGGCCAGGAGCUGCUCCUGCCCACUGGCAGUGGAAGCGCCGAGGGCAGCAGCGCUUUCAGCUUCAGCAGCCCCAAGCGCGGAAACAUGGCCACCCCCGACUACUUGAGCACCUGCAGCGCCGCCUGGCCGAGCGGCUCUGAGCAUUCCCGGACGCUGCCGAUCAGCGCCAAGGAAGGCGGGACUCCCGCGGAUUCUUCAGCCUCAAGCAGCCUGCGCUGCCUCUCCUCUAUCGUGAACAGUAUCUCUUCCGAAGAUCGCAAAGUACCCAACGGGGAAGAUGUGGUGGAAAAGUAGUGAUCCCGUAGUAUUUUGGGAAUCAGGCAGUGCAAGGAACUGCUUGAUUGGAACGAAUUCUCGAAUUAAUUUAAUCUCGAAAUUCUAGAGGGGAUGAGGAGGGCAGGGCAGCUGAAUAAAUAAAGGUGCAGCUUCUUCAGAGGAAGUCUUACCCAUCCGAUAAAGGGUACAGUCCCUCUUUUAUUCUCUCCUCUCUGAUUUCAAUUCUAUUUUUUAUUUAUCUCCUACUCUUUUUAUAAUUAAUAUAUUAUUUUGUGUUUGGAGAACAUCUUCAAUGAAAUGCUCAUUCCUAUUUGAAGGAAGCUUAUGAUUCUGAGAUCUUGGUUUGUGUGGAUGUG